AUGGAAAUUCUAUACGUCAUUGUUAUGACUGUUUUGAUGGGCAAUGAAGCAUAUGAACAAAAGUCAACAACCCCAAGGAGUACACAAGUCAACCAGUGUGGCUUAGAUAAAUCACCGAUUAAAGUUGUUUAUGAGGGAGAGGCGAAAAUAGAAACGUACCCAUGGUUGGGAACACUCUUCUAUACUUCUAGAGAAAAGAAAUAUUCAACAUCUGUGAUUCUAGUGGCUCAACAGAUUGUGAUCGGUUCAGCUAUGGAUAUUGAUCGAUUACCGAAAAACGAUUUCAGAUCCCGCGCGAGAGUAGUAUUAGGACACAAUUGUACAAGACCUGGUAUAAGAAUAAAGGAUUACAGUUACCAUCCGCACUUCAACAAGGCUUCAUACAGCUCUUUAGCUCUGAUACAGCUGGAAACGAAUUUUAGAUCAAAUGAUUUACAUCCUGUUUGCGCUCCGCCAAAAUACUUGGAAAAACCGCGUUUUUAUACGCUUGUUUUAUGUGAUGACUGCAAGAAUUCAAAGGUUAAAAUAUAUGAAAUGACUUACGUCAAUUCGAACCAGUGUAAAGAAUACUAUAGAAAGGCAGAGCUGGAUGUGAAAAAAAUAUGGCCAACGGAUACGAUUUGCGCUAAGGCACGGACUGGCAAAAAGUGUAUUUGGCGAAAUGGGGUGAUGUUGCUCUUACGGCAGAAGAAUAAAUGGAGUUUGAUAGGUAUCGGCGUCCAUGGGCCAGGUUGCGGUGCACCAGCUAGAUUUCUGGACUACGCUCACCACAAAGGCUGGGUGAGAAACAACUUACUCAGAAUUGGAAGACCUACUGUCACGAGGUAUUCAAGGAACGAGAUAAUAUUGAGGAGAACUCUCUCGAACGUUCAAAGAUUCGGACCUUGUGAUCCUGAAGAAACGAAACAGGAACUUUUCACAGACCGCACAAGUGUCCAAAAAUAUCCUACAACAAAAUACCAACGUGCCAGUUACAAUUUCACAGUAUACGCAAAUCUAGAAUACUCGUGCGUUGUAUUUCGAGUGUUCCAUUUUUACCAGCGGGACGUGAUAAGAGAUCUGCCGUAUAUUUAUCUCAAUCGAUGGUGUAGAGCGUCGGAACCGAUCUGCUACUCGUUCCAAUUCCUACAGAUUGACUUCUCAGUGGAGAUAUGGUUCAGGGAGUCUGUUACGUACCACGUGGCGGCGUACGGCAAAGAAGUUAGGUUGGUUGAUAUAAAGAAAGUCACAGCUAGGGUCAACCAAAGGAAGCCGUUGGUUGAAGUAGUUAUGGUCGAAGAUGCCACGGAGAAAGCUAAUACCAAUGAAACCUUGAAAACAACUUAA